AUGGCUGAGAAGACCCAACAGGCUUAUCCUUCACCCCCAGAAAACCAUGGCUACAAAAGAAGUGAUGCAGAGUCUUUGCUAUCCGCUGAUGAGCUGAAACACAAGAAGAGAAUCAAAUUGGCCAUUUAUGUUGCUAUUUUCGUUGUGUUUCAGAUCAUUGUCAUAACUGUGAUUAGUCUCACAGUCAUGAAAGUUAAGACCCCCAAGGUUAGGCUAGGCAACAUCAACAUCCAAGAGCUCACCUCUGUCCCAGCAACACCUUCAUUUGACACAAAAUUCACAACGCAAGUCAGGGUCAAGAACACAAACUGGGGUCCUUACAAGUUUGAUGCUAGCACUGUCACAUUUUUGUACCAAGGCACAGCUAUCGGACAAGUUGUUAUUCCAAAGAGCAAGGCAGGAAUGCUUUCCACCAAAAAAAUGAACGUUGAGGUGAGCUUGAGCUCAAGUGCAUUAAGCAGUUCCAAUUUUGGAAGUGAAUUGAGCAGUGGAGUAUUGACUAUCAACAGCACGGCUAGAUUGACUGGAAAGGUUGAAUUGAUGCUUAUAAUGAAGAAGAAGAAGGCUUCCACCAUGGACUGCACCAUUGCAUUCGAUCUGUCAUCCAAGACGCUCAAAAGUUUGCAGUGCAAAUGA